AUGUCCACUUUUACCGGCUUGUCAGAUCAGCCACCAGACGUGAUCCUGGUGCUGGUGCUGCACCUCGCCUCAGACCCCGAUCGACGGCUGAGAGACGUCAUCAACCUCGCAUUCGCAUCCAAGUCUCUAUUGAGCUCGGUCACAGGCCUUGAUGUGUUCUGGACCAACUGGUCCCGCACCGUCUUCGGCAGACCCAGGGAGACUGAGACUGUCCUGCCCCUGUGGUCGGGGUGGUCAUACUUCUCGGGCCGCAUGCGCCGCCGUUUCCACCUGUGUCGGGCCAUGCAUGCCCUGCUGUUCAGGCACCCUGCCCCCACGUACCUGAUGUCGGGCCAUGACAUCCCGACGCUGCUUGCGGCAGAGGCCGGACAUGGGGUGGAGCUGCCUGAGUGCCUGUGGGACUUGUGGCGGGUCUACGAUGGUCACUCCAACAAGUCUUCCAGGGGCAUCUUCCAGGGGGCGCACAUGCUGCGGCUGCAGGAGGCGCUGGAGCGGCUGUCCUCCCACCGACCCGGGCCGUGCAUGGGGGGGCCGCCGGGGACGGACAUGGAGCCGGGGCCCCUGAUGCCAUUCACCACCGGUCCUCCGUACUACCCCUGCGGAUUCUACACGGCCGACCCCCAAGGCCGGGUGUGGCUGACCAGCAGCAAGGUGAGCUGGUACGUCGCAGACACCCUGACGGAGAUGGUCCGGCUCGCAAUGACAGGAGAACUGGCGGAGAAGAGGGGGAUCGUGCUUGCCGCCUCCACGCCUGUGACAGGCUGA